AUGUAGAAGCAACAACGAUUUUUUACUUCCUGUUUGAAUAAUUUGAAAUUGAGGACUUAAUUGAUAAUAUUGGUUUCAUUAAUUAUCCUUUUGAUAGUCUCUUAUGUUCUUUCAGUAAAUUUGAUUCAUUAUUCUUUGCUUAAACAGUAUUUUUCUUAGAUUUCUAAUAAAAUAUUUGAUGACACUUCAUCUAAAAUAUAAGAGAAAACUAUUAGAUUAUAUUAAGAAUAUUUUGAUAGAGUCUUUUAUUUAAGUAAUACAAAUUCAUAUUAUAGAUGGAAAUAGUCUUAUCUCCUUUCAUAGAUUGUAUCAUAUGACAAAAAAAUAAGUAAAAUAACACUCUUUAGAAUUAAAUCUAGAUUACUAAAUGCUAUAUGGAGGUGUAAAUAAAAUACCAGAUCCUAUUAGAAUUAUUAAAGGAUAUGGUAAUUCUGAUAUCUCAUAUUCUUUUAUGUGUUAUUCUAACAUAACUACAUUUGAAGAUCCAUUAAGUUUAGAUGAGCUUAUAGGAAUGAAAAUAUAAGAGUAGACUCAAUCAUAUGCAUAAAUUCUUUAUUAGGGGAAUAUAUUGAGUUAAUCAUACUUAUAUUCAUACAUAAUCAAUGAAAAAACUAAUGCAGUUUAUCCAUGUCUUAAUAGAGGAUAAGGAAUCUAUUCUUAUGAUCCUGAAAAACGAGAAUGGUUUAUUGAAGUCAGAAAUAACUAUAAUCACAAAAAACCUUAUAAUGAAUAUUCAAGAUCCUUCACUUAACCUUAUUUGUGUAAUACUUUUAUAAUAAUAUAAUUGUAGUAUUUACAGAUAAAAAAAUAGGAUUAUCUUUGGUAUUACCAAUAGUGGAUGAAAAUUUAGAAUUGAUUGGAGGUGUAGGAACAAAUUUCUUAGGAGCAGAAAUUGUUUAAAUACUUAAAUCUUAAGAAUUUGGAUUUUAAGUUAUUUAUCUUGUAUCAGCAUCUGGAAUUAUGAUUAUGCAUCCAUAUAAAGUAAGUGUUGAUUAACUACCUUUAUACAUAUAUAAUUAAUCUAUUACAGGAUUUAAUCAAAGUGAUUGGUAAAGGAUGAAUACAUAAUCAUAAAAUGAUGUAUCAACUUGUCCUUAUUUGAAUAAACAUUCAUCAUCAUUGAAUUGUCUAUAUAAUAGUUUAUAUUAACAAGAAAUGAUAAUAGGAAUCUAAGAAAUUCCUGAAUAUUCAAUGAAAUUAAUUAUGUAAAAAAUAUAUCUUGCUAUCUUUAGGUUAUUAAGUAGUUAAGAGUAUUUUUAGUUUUAUUAACAUUUCUAAGAAGAACUUGAAUAUAAUCUAUUAAAUUAAGUGGGACUUCAAAUUUCCAUAUUGUUAGGACUAUUUCUUUUUAUUUGUAUAAUUUUGUAUACAUUUACUUAUACUUUAUUUUAUCCUAUUCAAUAGAUCUAAACUUUAACAAUUGAUAGGAUAUUUUCUAAAAAUAAAAAGAAAUCUUAAAUGCCAUUAUUUGCAAAUAAAUUUAUGAGCAAAUAAAUUAGUUUAUUGUAUAAUUCAUAUUAAUUCGUGUAUGAUCGAUUAGAACAAUUAUCAUUUAAUAAAACUAAAUCAUGUAGAGAUCUUGAAAACUAUUAAUAUCCACGAAAAGUAUUUUCUUUAAGAAAAUUAAUGCCAAAAGAUAGUAAUAUAUUGAAUUAAGAAUAACUAAAUGAUUCAAUCACUUAAGAAAUGAUUAUUAUGUUUCUAAAAAUCUCUUCAAAAUAUUCUACAUGA